AUGGCGCUGCUUGGACGGAGAAGAGCUUCUCUGUUCUAUCUAAUCGCCGCAGCAGCACUGCUCUUUCUUCUCUCCGUCGCUAUCCCCGCAGCCGCGGCAGCCUCUGUUGGUUCUGGUGUCAUUGGCAUUGAUCUUGGAACAGAAUAUAUAAAGGCCGUUCUUGUUAAACCAGGAAUACCCCUCGAGAUAGUCCUGACCAAGGACUCAAAGAGAAAGGAAGCCGCAGUUGUAGCAUUCAAACCUGCUCGCGAAUCUAGCCCUACAUUCCCCGAACGGUUUUAUGGUGGUGACGCUAGUUCACUUGCUGCCAGAUUCCCGGACGAUGUCUACGCCAACUUGAAGACUUUGCUCGGCGUUCCCGUGGAUAGUGGCAUCCAAGGCUCCGGAUCAGAGAACGAAAACUUGGUUGAGAUGUAUAGGCAGCGCUACCCGGCUCUGAAAAUUGAAGCUGGAUCUGGGGGCCGAGGGACUGUUGGGUUUAGGAGCGCGAAAGUUGGAGCAAAUGAUGGGAGGGAACCCUUCCUUGUUGAGGAACUGUUGUCUAUGCAGCUGAAGCAAGUCAAGGCAAAUGCAGAGGCAUUGGGUGGAAAGGGGACAAACAUUAAAAAGGCAGCCAUCACAGUUCCGCCGUUCUAUACUGCUGAGGAAAAGCGUAGUGUGGAGUUAGCCGCGGAGUUAGCUGGCCUUGACAUCGUCUCCAUGGUUAGCGAUGGUCUAGCCGUUGGCAUUAACUAUGCCACCUCCCGCACGUUCCCAAAUGUUUCUGACGGAAAGAAGCCUGAGUACCAUGUUAUUUUCGACAUGGGUGCUGGCUCUACUAGCGCAAACGUGCUCCGACUCCAGAGCCGCACUGUUAAGGAUGUGGGGAAAUUUAACAAAACCGUCCAGGAAAUCCACGUCCUCGGGACCGCCUGGGAAAAGACCAUGGGUGGUGACAUGUUCAACCAGCUAAUCGUGGAUGAUAUGGUAGAAAAAUUCGUCGCUACAAAAAAGCUUGGAGAUGUGACAGCCUCCCAAGUUAGAGCUCACGGAAAGACGAUGGCAAAGUUAUGGAAGGAUGCUGAGCGGGUCCGUCAGGUUUUGAGCGCAAACACUGAAACCACAGCAUCUUUUGAGAAUCUUUACCAGGAGGAUGUCAACUUCAAAUACACUCUCACUCGGGCCGAAUUUGAAAAAAUCACUGAGAAAUAUGCCAACCAGGUUACUGUUCCACUGACGGAAGCAAUUUCCGCGGCGGGCUUGAAGAUUAGCGACAUUGAAUCCGUGAUUCUUCACGGUGGUGCCACUCGAACUCCUUUUGUCAAGAAAGCACUUGAAGAAUCUACCGAUGGAAAAGUCAGAACAAAUGUCAAUGCCGAUGAGGCUGCUGUAUUUGGUGCUGCUUUCAAGGCUGCCUCCCUCAGUCCCUCAUUCCGCGUCAAGGAGAUCCGAACUUAUGAUACCUCGGGCUACGCUAUCAAUAUGAAAUGGAAAUCAGGAGACAAAGAUAGGCAACAGAUUCUUUUCACUCCUUACUCGGAGAGUGGGUCUGUCAAGUACCUGACUGUGAAGAAUGUGGAAGAUUUUACAAUUAAAUUUUCCCAAGUCUACACCCGAAAUGGCAAGCAGGUCGAAGCCCCCAUCCUCGAGGCACAAACAGCGAACUUGACUGCUUCUUCUUCUAAGCUCAGGGAUGAAUUUGGUUGCUCUCCUGUGAACAUUACCACCAUGGUGUCUGUCAGAUUGAACCCUGUAAACGGACUCCCCGAAGUUGUGGGUGGCAGUGUGAGUUGCGAUGUCCAAGUCGAGAAGAAGGGAGUUGUAGAGGAUGUCAAGGAAUUCUUUGGACUUGGGUCGAAGAAAUCUGACCAGGAACCUAUCAAGGAGCCUGAGGAUGCUAUUGACCUCGAGAACACUUCAUCAUCUACGACUUCGCCAGCAGACAGUACGUCUGCAAGUGCGACGUCCUCGACUGCUUCCUCCAAGGAAACAGACAAGGCUACCAAAGAGCCAAAAGUCCGAAUCGAGUCAAUCUCAGUUGGCUUUACAUCCGCCGUCUUAGGGAUACCGCCAAUAACGUCAGAGGAGAUGAAGCGUAUUCAAGAUCGCCUUUCCGCGUUUGAUGCCUCUGACCUUUCUCGUGUUCGCCGCGAAGAGGCAUUCAAUGAACUAGAAGCUUUCAUUUACAAAGGUCACCAUUGGCUUGACGAGGAGACUUUCACCAAGGCUACGACAAAAGAUGUCCUGAAGCAAUUGGAGGAGAAGCUUUCUAUCUUAGGAGAGUGGCUUCAUGAUGAUGGCACCAGUGCCGGAAUAGAAGAGCUUAAGGAUAAACUGCGUGAUUUGAAGGGGAUUGUCGACCCAGUAGUUGACCGAAGGAAUGAAGGUUUGACUCGCCCCAGAAAGAUCGAUGCCUUGAGGGGAAGUCUUGACAGCACCAAAAUGCUGGUAGAGAUUAUGGAGAGUCAGAUUAAAGCUGAAGAGGAGCUCUUCUCUUCUUCCUUGUCAGCUUAUGAGGCGGCUUCUACCGAGGUACCAUCUAGCUCGACAAACGAAGACUCAUCCUCUCCUUCCACCGCCUCAACGCCAACUAGCACCCCAUCUAAGGAUUCAAAUGGAGACGGCGAUCUUGACAAAGAUAACUUCGCUGAAUCAUCAUCCACAACACAAACUGCACCCCCAGUCAAACCCACCCUUACUUACUCCCUCUAUUCACCUGAGGACCUCUCAGCCGCCGCAAGUCUCCUAAACUCCACCACAAAAUGGCUUGAAUCUAAACUUGAAGAGCAGAAUAAGCUCAGCGAGUUUGAAGACCCGGCACUUACUAUCGCUGAAAUCGAUGCCAAGCUCAAAGAGAUCGAAAAGAUUCUCUCUAGCAUUCUCACCAAACAGAGACGACAAGGCUCCAGCAAAUCUAAACCAAUCACUAAAAAGAAGGUCAAGAACAUGAAAUCGCAGUCAAAACCCAAGGCUAAAUCGAAGACCAAGGAGACCCCAAAAAGCGAAACAACGAGCGCUAAAGAUGAAUUGUAA